UCCUGUUUUGUAAUUGUUUGCAUUUCCAAGUUCUUACUAUUAUGUCUUAUUCUCCUUCUCCUUCUCCUCUUCCUGGCGAUUUAUAUGAUAACGUAGAUGAUGUUUAUACUCUAGAUUCUUCUUCUCAUGAUCCUAUUUGGCUCAUUGUUGGUAUGUUUGGUUUUAUUCUAUUGUUAGUAUGUUGUCUGUUCUCAUCAAAUGCAAACUCCACGGAAAAGAAGGCGGAGGAAUUAGAGAAUGAUGAAUCUCGGUUUAAUUCCCUGGCCAUGGUCCAGUUCCUUGAUGACAUUGAAAAGGAAAAGCCCACCCGGUUCACCUAUCAACAACUAAGAAUAGCUACAGAUAACUUCAGCAUCAUGCUAGGUUCAGGGGGCUUCGGGACAGUUUACAAGGGAAUCAUUAGCAACAACAAGUCUGUAGCUGUGAAAGUACUAAAUGGAGCCUCUAACAAGCGAAUAGAGGAACAAUUCAUGGCAGAAGUAAGUACUAUGGGAAGAACCCAUCACUUUAAUCUUGUUAGACUUUAUGGGUUUUGCUUUGAAUCCAGUUUAAUAGCUCUUGUAUACGAGUUCAUGGUUAACGGCUCGUUGGAUAAUCACUUGUUUAAAGCGAACAAAGGAGAUAUGAUGGGGUUCGACAAGCUUCAUGAAAUUGCGGUGGGAACUGCGAGAGGCAUCGCGUACUUGCAUGAAGAAUGUGCUCAAAGAAUAGUUCACUAUGAUAUUAAACCAGGAAAUAUACUCUUGGAUUCAAAAUUUUGUGCAAAAGUAGCCGAUUUUGGUUUGGCCAAACUUUGCAAUAGGGAUAAGACCCAUAUAACUAUGACAGCAGGACGAGGUACCCCAGGCUAUGCAGCUCCUGAGUGUUAGACAUAAAUAUAUUAUAAGCUAGAUAGUAUUAAUAUUAUUAUUAUUAUAAGUUUUUUUUUAGUGUAAGUCAGAAAGAGCGGUUACCACCGCUCAAAGUGUUCGAUGUAUAUAUUCUGUAUAAC